AUGGCUAAAUUCAACAGAAAACUUCAAGUUACGGUAAGACCACAGAAGAGACCAAAUUUACCAAAAGCUGCCGUUAACAUAUUAACAAGAUGGCUUGAGGAAAAUUGCACCAACCCUUAUCCGUCCGAGUCAACGAAGAAAAUUUUGAUGGAAGUUACAAAUCUUACUAAAAAUCAAAUUUACAAUUGGUUCAUAAAUAGCCGUCGUAGAAUUCUUCCAAACAUUUUAAAGGAAAAGGAUAUAGACAAAAGUCUAAUACUAUUGAAAAUUAAAAAGUUCACGUGUUUCACUCGAAACAGUUUCGCUCAUCAUUUUGAAAAGAAAACUCAAUGUAAAGCCACCAAAAAAUUGCUCAAAUCAGAAACAAUUAUUGAACCAAAAAAUGAAGAUUACAAUUUGCAAUUACUCGCAGAAGUGGCUACAAAAUUACCACGAAUAACAUGUACAUCAUAAUAUAUAUUUUUAUACUAUUUUUAUGUGUGCUUAGUCAAUAGGUUCAUAUUAUAAGCAUUUAUUUGUUAUUAAUUAUAAGUGUAUUUGUUAAGUACAAUAAAUAAAUUACCUAUGAACUAUUAUCGUUACCUUAUUAAUUAUUAGGUACUUAUUAGUAGGGUUCGGAUUUUAAAGCAUAAUUAGCAAUUAAAAAAACACACGAUUGUUUUAAAAAAGCAAAAAAGAAGUAUAUUUAAUUUUAAAUAUAAAAAUUUAAAUUAAAAAAAGAAUUAAUUACCAUGUAUUUUUCUAGAUUAGCAGUAAUGAAACUGACUCUAUAUAUUGUCAGAUACGGAAUAUUUUUAUACAUAAAAAACGACUCUCUAUAUUGUGUAUAUACCACUAAAUUGAUCGGAGCAUACUUCGUACAAGAGGUUUCAAAUUACAAUACUAAAUCUUAAAUUUUAAAAUGGUCAAUAUCGAUGUUAUAGGCAUACUGGCCGUAUAAGUACUGCUUGCUAUAAUAAUAAGUAGAUCGAUAAUAAUACAUUCAACAAACAAGCCGAUAAUGAAAACCAUAAUAAUUCAAUACCUAUAACACAUUAAUUCUACAGCUGAAAUAACUGAAAAAAGUAAAAAAAAAACAUUUACAUAAAAAAAAGCCAAAAAUGAUGGGAAACGAAUUUAUAUACCUAUCUAUAUAAAAGGUAUAUAAUCAUACCAAUAAAAUUAGAUUUCUAUCUCGUAUAGUCGUAUAUAGAAAAAGAAGCAUGUGUUUUAAUUCCGAGUCCUACUUAUUAAAUAGGUACCUUCUAAAACGUAGAUCAUAAUAAUAUAUGUGUAACACUUUAUAUAAAAGAGAAAAAUUGUUGUGAUAUACUGAUAAAAUUACUUCAAAAAAUGUAUACCUAGUAGAAUAAUACUUAUUAGUUAUUAAUUAUUAUACAUACUA